AUGGGUAUACUAUCCAAGUUCGUCACCUUCACCACCCUAUUCGCCCUAGCAAACGCUUGGCUCCCGGAAGAGAACAAACCCGUGACCUCAAAAGAUGGUACAAACCUCUUCAAAUCCUCUAACGGAAAAAUCCGCGGCGUAAAUCUCGGCUCCCAAUUCAUUUUCGAACCUUGGAUUGCCCAUAAUGCAUGGAAUGAUAUGGGCUGCAAGGGGCAGAAAUCGGAAUUCGAUUGCGUUUCCUCAUUGGGUCAAGACGCCGCGAACGCCGCUUUCGCCAAACACUGGGCGUCGUGGACUACGCAGGAUGAUAUCGACGAGAUCGUGAGCUAUGGAUUGAACACUAUCCGCGUGCCGGUUGGGUAUUGGUUGCGAGAGGACCUGGUUGAUGUCGACAGCGAGCACUUUCCGCAGGGUGGACUUGAGUAUGUGAAGAAAUUGUGUGGGUGGGCUAGUGACAAGGGGUUGUAUAUUAUUAUGGAUUUGCAUGGUGCUCCUGGUGCGCAGACGGCGAAGAAUUCGUUUACCGGUCAGUAUGCUGCUAAGGCUGGGUUUUAUACCGACGAGAACUAUGAGCGGGCGCUUAAGUGGCUGGAGUGGAUGGUUGAGCUCGUCUAUCAGACUGAUGAGAUGAGGAAUGUGGGGAUGUUGGAGAUUGUUAAUGAGCCUGCUCGGAAUGAGGAGAUGGGUUCGUCUAUGCGGUCGAAGUAUUACCCAAAGGCUGUCGAGCGUAUCCGUGCCGCUGAGAAAAAGCUCUCCAUCGAUGCGAAUGACUACCUCCAUAUUCAGGCAAUGGAUAAGUCCUGGGGCUCGGGCGAUCCUAAUGAGUAUUUGGACGACUUGACUUACAUGGCCUAUGAUGAUCACCGCUAUCUGAAAUGGGAUACUAGUGUUGAGCCCUCGCAUGAUAACUACAUCAGCACAUCCUGCACCGAUAAGCGUGAUAGUAACUCCCCUAACAUCAUUGGCGAAUGGAGUCUCGCUGUGGCGGAUGAUGUCGCAAAGUCGUCGGAUUGGGAUCCCAGUUCGAAUACCGAAUUUUACGGGAGGUGGUUUGCCGCACAGGUUCAUUCUUAUGAACAGCAACAGGGGUGGGUCUUUUGGACUUGGAAAGCUCAGCUGAAUGAUUACCGGUGGUCUUACCAGGAUGCUGUUAAGGCUGGAGUUAUCCCCAAGGAUUUGAACAGCUUGCAGAAUGUUUGCUGA